AUGGGGGGCAGCAAGUCAGCCAGCAAGACCGCUUACUUCGAGAAGCUCAAGAGCCUUCUCGACCAGUACAGCACUGUCUUCAUCGUCGGUGUCGACAAUGUCAGCUCUCAGCAGAUGCACGAGAUUCGUCUGAGUCUCCGUGGUGAGGGUGUCGUCCUGAUGGGUAAGAACACUAUGGUUCGCCGUGCCCUCAAGGGUUUCGUCGCCGAGAACCCCGAGUACGAGAAGCUGAUGCCUCACGUCAGAGGCAACGUUGGUUUCAUCUUCACCAACGGUGACCUUAAGGCCAUCAAGGAGAAGAUUCUUGCCAACCGUGUCGCUGCUCCCGCUCGUGCCGGUGCCGUUGCCCCCGCUGACGUCUACGUCCCCGCUGGUAACACCGGUAUGGAACCGGGUAAGACCUCUUUCUUCCAGGCUCUCGGUGUCCCCACCAAGAUUGCUCGUGGUACCAUUGAAAUUGUGUCCGACCUGAAGCUCGUUGAGGCCGGUACCAAGGUCGGUCCCUCCGAGGCCACCUUGCUCAACAUGCUGAACAUCUCUCCCUUCACCUACGGUAUGACCAUCUCCCAGGUCUACCAGGACGGUCAGACCUUCAGCGCUGGUGUCCUUGACAUCGAGGAGUCUCAGCUCUUGGAUGCCUUCACCUCCGCCAUCAAGACCAUUGCUACCGUCUCUUUGGCCGCCAACUACCCCACUCUGCCCUCCGUCAUGCACUCUCUUGUCAACGGAUACAAGAAGGUCUUGGCUGUUGCCAUCGAGACUGAAGUCAGCUGGCCCGAGAUUGAGGAGCUCAAGGACCGUAUCGCCAACCCUGACGCUUACGCCUCUGCCGCUCCCGUUGCCGCCGCUCCCUCUGGCGACGCUGCCCCCGCCGCUGAGGCCAAGCAGGAGGAGGCUGAGGAGUCCGAUGAAGACAUGGGCUUCGGUCUCUUCGACUAA